AUGGUACAUAUUUGGGACAGUGCGGUGCCUGAAUUUAGUUUUCAGCUUUCCUAUUUUGUCCAUAGGAACCGUGACAAUCAGAGUGGUGAAGUCACUUUCAUGCUCUUGGGCUUCUCAGAGUUUCCCGAUGUCCAGGUGCCCCUAUUCCUGGUAUUCCUGACCAUCUACAUGGUCACUGUGUUGGGGAACCUGGGCAUGAUCACGGUUAUCAAAAUCAACCCCAGACUCCACACCCCCAUGUACUUUUUCCUCAGCCACUUGUCCUUCGUUGAUUUCUGUUACUCUACAGUAGUUACACCCAAACUGUUAGAAAACUUGGUGGUAGAAGACAGAACCAUCUCCUUCACGGGAUGCAUCAUGCAGUUCUUCUUUGCCUGCAUAUUUGUGGUGACGGAAACAUUCCUGUUGGCAGUGAUGGCGUAUGACCGAUUUGUGGCGGUGUGUAACCCUCUGCUCUACACCGUCGUCAUGUCUCGGAAGCUUUCUUCCCUGUUGGUGAGUGCAUCAUACUCUUGGGGUAUAGCCUGUUCCUUAACAUUUACAUACUUUUUGUUGAGCUUAUCGUUUUGUGGGACUAACUUCAUAAAUAACUUUGUCUGUGAGCAUGCUGCUGUUGUUGCUGUGUCCUGCUCUGACCCCUACAUUAGCCAGAAGAUCAUUUUAGUCUCUGCCACAUUCAAUGAAAUAAGCAGCCUGAUGAUCAUUCUUACCUCCUAUGUUUUUAUUUUUAUCACUGUCAUGAAGAUGCCUUCCAUUGGGGGGCGCCACAAAGCCUUCUCCACCUGUGCCUCCCACCUGACUGCCAUUACCAUCUUCCAUGGGACAAUCCUUUUUCUCUACUGUGUUCCGAACUCCAAAAGUUCAUGGCUCAUGGUCAAGGUGGCUUCUGUGUUUUACACAGUGGUGAUUCCCAUGCUGAACCCACUGAUCUACAGCCUCAGGAACAAAGAUGUGAAGGAGACGGUCAGGAAGUUAAUCAAUACUAAAUUGCUCUGUGAUAAAAUGUCAAACUAA